CAACGCCCAACCUCAACUGAAGAGCACAUGAUACCUUGAUCCAGCUCAAGAGAUAUCCAGCUAACUAAUGCAACCAGGCCCCUGCGUAUAAGCCCAGAAUUUUGGGGUCUACUGCAACACAGAAAUUAAUAUUCAUCGCAAUGGCAGACCAAGAGAAUCAUCCCGACCAGGUUCAGGAGAGUGUAGUCACCAUUCUACUACUAGGAGACCCAGGAUGCGGUAAAACGACAUUUCUAUCAUCAUUAAAACAAAGGCCCAGCAGACAAAGUGGAAAAGAUUCGCAUAACCAAAUUGAGCUGCUACGUGACAGUGACCAGCCUUUCCACUAUGACAUCCACUUCUCAAAGAAGUCUUUCGGUCUUGAGGUAUAUGAUACUGCCUGUCCCAAUCAGCACUGGUCUACAUUGAAGCCGGAUGUGGUUCUCCUGGCUUUUGAUAUUUCCAACAGAGAUACUUUAGUCAAUCUUAAAACUUGGCGACACGACAUCAUUCGGUACUUCCAACAUGGCAAAGGAGAACGAACCCCCGUUAUGAUGGUCGGCCUCAAAAGAGACCUUAGAGUAGAAGGCGAAGGCAUCAUCUACCCACAAGAGACGUACCGAAUUGCGCAAGAACUCCGAUGUGACCGUUAUGCCGAGUGUUCUGCCAUCACGGGAGAACUUUUAGCAGAGACAUUCGAGGAUGUAGCGAGACUUGCGGGCAUGACAACUACAGACCUUGGGGGACAGACUCAAGGUGGUUGUACAAUCCUUUGAUGAAGGAAUAGAGAAGAUACCCUUUUUAUGAUGAUAUAUUGUUUUGUAUGGUCGAUUUGGCUUGUGAAUUUACUCGUUCUGGUCAUUGCCAUUUCAUCCUGGUUACUCUCAUUACUAGGACCUGCUUACGGCUAGAGUAGAGUAUAAUUAGUUUACGUGAAGAUAGGUUGACGUUCAUUACAUUUGAGCCAAUACGCAACUUGUCUCCCUAUGCCACGAUGCCCGUACAUACAUAUCUCCUGAAGACAUGACUUGCUG